AUGUCUGAUCAGUCUUCGGACGGUGGAUCCGAAAAGAACGAGAUCUCCGUUGAUCUUGAUCUGAAAUGCCAUCCCGUUCACAAUGAUCCCAAUGAUGAUAUCGUCAUCAUUUCCAAUGACUAUGUUAAAUUCCGUGCAAGUAGAUACCAUCUAACCAGAACCAGUCAGUUCUUUGAUGGCUUACUUGGAAAUCCUCGACCAGAAGAUCUCGCUAGCGUUUGCGAUCCUUUCAUUCCAAUUAUCACCAUUCCUAGAGCACAAUCACUCGUUACCUACACCGAUUUUGCCAUUUGCGAUAUCUUGGUUGACAAAGCUCGAUAUGCUCUAAUGGAAGCUGCCAAAGAUCAACCAUUGGAGUUACUGGUUAUCGCUUCUAAACGCGAUGACGUGGAAAUGGCGAGAGCUGCCUUGAAGGAGCUGGACACAGACCACCUACGAACCUACCUAUACGAAUCCCAAUCUCUCAUCGCCACCGAAUCAAGCCUCACUAAAUCUCGAACCUAUAUCAGUCGUCUUACUCUAGCAUAUCGCCUUGAAUUACUCGACCUUCUCAUGGAGACCGGAGAAGUAAGUGAAGGAAGACGCGAAACCCUUCGAACUGGGAUCUUUCUCAAAGACAGCUGGAGUGGAAUUGCGAGUAAAUUCGAUCCGAAACGGAUUGAGAAAGAGGUAGUCUUGGAAAAGCAGAAAGUAUCAGACAUCGCACAUUAG